AUGCAGCAGCUCGCCGUCACCCCCUGGGAUAUUCUCGUGUCUAAUCCUCCAUAUAUAUCAGAAGAUAUCUGGCAUCAUGGCCGUGGGCAACUCGGCUAUUCAGUCCGAAAAUAUGAACCGCGCCUCGCAUUGGUUCCCGAUAAGGACCUCCCUUGUUCUAGUAAAUGCAACCCAGCAGACGUCUUUUACGCACGGCUUUUGGACAUUGCAGAGCUCCUCAAGCCCAGAGUGGUACUGUUCGAAAUCGGUGACGAGGAGCAGGCCCUUCGCGUGUUGCAGCUGUACUUCAACCACCCAAUUGCCCAACAGUCAAGGACUGAAAUUUGGCGUGACUUGCCUGAUUUCGAGGGAGGCAAGGAUGCAGAGAUUGUCUUGCAUCUCAAUGAAUCAAAGGAAGAAUGCCGAGUUCCGGUGAAAGGCGAUGGCCUUAUACGAUCCAUUCUAAUUCACAGCCUGGAAUGGGCAGAGCGAUAG